AUGGCGGCCACCGCGGCCUCGGACCUCUCCGACGGACCAGUCCUCAGCCUCAUCAACAAGCGCAUCCGAGCUUUACGCAAGAAACAAAACCGCAUAAUCCAGAUGGAGGAGGCGCUUUCCCAAGGCAAGGCCCUCAACAAGGAGCAAGAGGAGGUCCUCCGCUCCAAGCCCGCCGUCAUCGUCCUCAUCGAAGAGCUCGAGAAGCUUCGCCAACCUCUCUCCGUCGCCGUCACCGAAGAGCAUGACCUCGCGGUGCACCGCCACCAGGUCUCCGCCUCCACCCAACCACUCUCGGAUGAUAAACCCCAAGAGGACGACAAGUCCAAUGUCGCCCAGCCCACUGAAUCUGACGACCGUCAAGGUGCCUCCGUCGAGGAGCUUCUGAAUCUACUCUACUUUGGUUCCUUGUUCGAUGUCAAGUCGCCGAGUGACUUCACCCGGAUUAUUUUGACCAGGACCCACGAGAGAGAAUGUUGCUUAACCUACGAUACCAUCACCGACGACGAUACUGAGAUGCUCGGCGCGAGGGACUUGGAUUUGAUUUCGACGCUCGGUGGGUUAUUGAUCUCGCGGCCCGUCGAUUCCAGCUUGUCGCAUAAGAAUGCGUUGCAGCGCUGUAUCGAGCACGCCAAGCUUUGGCUCGCUAAGUCGGACCAACCCAUUGAGCCUAAUGCCAGUGUGACCUAUGCCAGCUUGAGAGAGAGACUUAGUAAGAUUAUGGCUUCGGUCUACUUUACUACUACGCCGGAAAUGAAAGCUCCAGUGGAAGUUGCUGCGGCAGCUGCUGCUGGGAACUAUGCUCCUUUUCAGGUGCAGGUGCAGGUGCCUGUCCAGGUGGAAGGUGAAGUUGCACACUUCCAGCAGAAGGAUGAAGACACAACAAAUUUUCAAGGAAACGAGACUGGUGAUAACCAAUCCAGUCGCACAGAGGAACUUCAGAAGGAUGAAUUAGAAACAGAAAAUCCUUCUGAGGUUGUCUCGGUUCAACAAGAACAAGCCAAGCUAGAAACAGAAGUAGAGUACAAUCAAAGAGAUGUAGAAUCCGAGCAACAGCAAUUUUCACGCAGGCCAUAUCAAAACCAAAGAGGUGGUCGUGGUGGAGGUGGGCGUAGAGUAAACACCAAUGGUCGUGGAGGUCGAGGCAGUGGAAGAGGAGGUGGACCCUACCAGAAUGGCCGCAACCAGUUCUAUGACCAGCCUGGAAAUUAUUAUCCAAGGAACUACUAUAACAACAGGGGAAGGGGCGGUAGAGGUGGUGGGCCCUCUUACAACCACCAUGGUUCCGCAGCUCAAGAUGGCCAUAACUCAGCCAACGUUGGAGUUGCAUCAUGA